AUGUCUAUGACAACUCCUUCCUCAGAAAUUGUCAGUGUGAUAAUUCCAAGGUUCUCUGACAAUAAAUAUUUGCUUGUCGAUCACAAAAGUCACGGAUUUUGGUUACCCACUUGCAGAAGGCGCGUUGACCAGGAUUUAAAUGACACCGUCUCCAAAUUAUUGGAAAAGUAUGUGAAAAAUCCCGGGAAAGUAUUGGGAAUUGUCCAAACUUAUAUCCGGCGUCUCCAGAACUUCCCACCAUCUCUCCAUGUGGUUUACCUUUGUGAAACACUGGAAGAUAGUGAAAAUGAAAUUGAAAACAUAGAGUCUCCCAAUGAUAUUAUCGAAUGGAUGAAUUCCCAGGAAAUGGAAGAAGAUUUGGCAUCUGAAGAACCUAGACUUUUAGGCCCAGAGCCUUAUGACAUGAUCCUCAAACUAGAAGCUGCAAAGAAAUCUCCAAUUCUUGCCAGCAAUUUGACAGAAAGUCAUGGGCUUGAUCUGACACAUGACUCAUCAAGAAAUGCCAUCCAGGAACUCCUUAAAUCUGCAAAAUUUGAAAAUCUUGAACAAAUGUAUUUGAAAGAAUAUAUAAAUUCUAACUAUCCCUCAAUGGUAAUGUGCAAAAAGGCUUUUACAAAAUAUAUUUUACAUAAAGGAGCUUCUCCAGAAGCAGUGAACCAUCUUUUUAGGGCUUUUGAUGUAGAUCAAAAGCAUUUUCUCUCCUUCAAAGAUUUUUUUGUUGGCUUGGCUGCCUUAGAUCCACACACUCAUCAUGGAGGGGGUGCUGCUGAGAUUCGCUGCAAGUACAUCUUUCGCUAUUACAACGCGAUGGGAGAUGGAUACUUACAUCCUCCAGAAUUCAGGAAAAUGGUAUUUGAUAUCCUGACCAUUAAGGGCCUUGAAACGGGUGAAAAGAAUUUAGAUGAAGCUGUGAAAGAAAAUAUUGGGUUAUUUAACAAUGGAAAGGAAAUUGAUCCAGCCUCCUUUCGUAUUCCCUUAAAUACUUUUCUCAUUGCUGUUGGCAAUCUCAAAUUCCGAGGAACAUCAGUUUUGUUCCGCUUGCUUCAUUCUUGUCACGCUCAUUCCAAAAGAGGAAGCUGUGAAAAACCAGGUUCAGAUGAUGAACAUGAGGAUACUCCAAAAAAGAGAGCCAAAAUAGUUUCAAAUGAAGAAUCCUUUGCAAAUGGUGAAGAUGACAAUAAAAAUGGUUUUCCUGCUGGUAAGAACUACGAACUUGCUACUCAUACAGUGAAAGUGAGACGAACAGGAACUUUGGCAGACAUCAUGGCAAUUUGGGACUUAGAAGGCACUGCUGCUGUGAGUGCUAGCUCAGCAGACCAUCUUGAAGGAGAUAUGACACGAUUUCAGCGGAUGUCAUCAGUAGAUUCAUUCAAUCAGCGUUCCCAUCCGAAUGAAAUGUUGACUGGACUUCGCUAUUUUGAAAGGGAAAAAAUCUCACCUCAUACCAAAGAGACAAAGGAUGCCUUUUCAUGGGGAGCUGUUGACUGUAAUGCACUGGCAAAAUGUUUACUCAUUCUGUGUUCUCAAGCAAAGGAAAUCCUUAAGCAAGAAUCUCGACUUUUAAUGUUAAAGUCACCAAUUUAUAUUUUGGGUGAUAUCCAUGGUAACUACAGAGAUUUAGUGUCUUUUGAAAAAUCUUUAUGGAGGAUGGGUCCAUUACUUACACCUGCGUCAUUCUUAUUUCUGGGAGAUUAUGUUGACAGAGGAGAACAUAGUGUUGAGGUUGUGGCUUAUCUUUUAGCUCAGAAGCUUCUUUCUCCUCAAAAGUUUUAUCUUCUUCGAGGUAACCAUGAGACACGUGGUAUACAAGAGGUUUUUACUUUUAAAGCUGAAUGUUUGACCAAAUUUGGCGAGGCUGUUGGUGAGCGGGUCUGGGAAGCAGUGAAUGAAUGCUUUGACUACAUGCCUUUGGCUGCUGUCAUUGAUGGAAAGAUUUUUUGUGCCCAUGGAGGAAUCCCUAGUCCUCUUCAUGGGAAUGGAAAAAUGGAGAUCAUUAAUAGCAUCCCUGUGCCUUUACCAAACCCAGAAAUAGAAAGUCCACUUGCUUGGGAAUUGAUGUGGAAUGAUCCAAUCAGCUUGGAUCAAUUAACACCUGAAAUGCUUCAGAAUCUGAAAGAUAACCAAGGUUUUGCACAUAACAAACGUCGAGGGACAGCACAUGUAUUCAGUUGUUCGGCACUUAAAUCAUUUCUCCAGCUGAACAGUCUGUCUCAUGUCAUCAGAGCACAUGAAGUGCAGCAGGUUGGCUUCCAGGUACAACAAGAAGGGAAACUGUUGACCGUGUUUUCAUCCUCAGGAUAUUGCGGAGGCUCUAACGAAGCUGCCUGCGUUUUGGCAGACCAUUUUAAACUGCGGCUGAUACGAAUCGAUACAAGUUGA